GUUAACAUUUUAAACCAUGACGAUAACCAGAGAAAUGAGAAUUAUACUCAACAGUUAAGUUAAAAGUACUGAUUAAUCAUUUAACCAUAUCAUCAAGAUUCAAGAUCGAAAUUGCCAUAGCUAAAUAUUAUUCCGCCGUUUAAACUAACUCCAGGAUCUCCGUGUAAAUCCUUAAGAGAAAUAUUUUAUUUGUUUAGGGCGAUUAGGUUGGCAGUGGCUCAACUGGCAACACUGUCUUGUCUGCCGUCUGCUGUCUGUCACAGUCACAUCACAGCCGUUAGUGAUGUACUGAUGUGAAUGUGAGUCGUGAGUUUUGAGUUUGAGUACCUAUUGCAACAGAACAAAACUGUCUCGUUUGAAGAAGCUCGGAUACGGACGUUAAUGAAGGUUGAAUGUGCGUGUAUUUGUUAUGCGUAUGGUAUGUCUUAUGUUAUGUUGUAGAUUUGUGAUUUGUUCAUAACUAAAACUAAAGAUGCCUAAGAGAGCAAAAACGUUGUACAAAUUUAAAUGCCUAGAAGUGAUGUGCAACACGAUCCAUCGCAAAGACAAAUGGUUGGAUCACUGUAAGAAGAAACAUAGUUACAAGUUUAAGAACAAUUUAAAAAUCAAUUAUAAAGUGGUUGAAAUAAAAGUCGACAACGGCCCAUGGCAAAAAUACGUUCCAGACCCAAGCCCAAGCCAAUCUACAUCCCUGGAUGACAUCCCUCAUACUUUGACGAGUAGGCCUACCCAAGACCAAGAUGAAGAUGUUUUUGAGCCAACAUCAGAAAGUUUCCAAGAUAAAUCUACCAGCGAGAUCGAGACUGAUGCAAUUACUCUACCACUACUAGAAGUCACAGACUCUGAACUAGAAACACAAAGAUCAAACCAAGAACUGGAAGAACAGGAACCUGACAAUUUUGGAACAAGUGAUGUAGAUGAACCAGACUCGGAUAUUUCAUCUAAUGAAGAUCACAGUGAUCCAGCUUCAUAUGCUAACCUCAAGCUCUCUCCUGAAGACAUAAAUGAGGCUCUAAAUUUGGAAAAUCAAGACUUAUCAUCAAUAGAAUUUCCUUCAACGGGUGGAAGAAAAUUUAAUCCUCUGUGGAAAAAUUGUAUAUUGCCCAAUAACAGUGUGAAACCUAGGAAGUGGCUAGUGUACAGUAAAAAAAAGGACGCUGUAUUUUGUUUGCCUUGCACACUAUUUGCACUUCCAACUGAACGGUCUGUAUGGGGAACAACCGGCUACAGAGGGUGGACAGAGCAUAGAGGAGAAAGAGAUUUUUUACUCCACGAGACUUCCAAAAAUCAUAUAUCUGCAGAGGUUGCCAGAAUUCAAUGGAUCUCACAAAAGAGAAUAGAUUCGAGCCUUGCUCAACAAUGUAACAGAGCAGUUGACCAAAACCGAGAAGUCCUGUCAGUUGUCAUUGAUUGUUGUAGUUACUUGAGUGAGGAAAUGAUUGCCUUUCGCAAAAACGAUGUUUUAGAAGGAAAGCUGUUAGGGUUAUUUAGACUUAUAGGAAAAUAUAGCCCAGAUGCGAGAGUUUAUCUUGAAAAAAAUUGAUAGAGCAAGGGCUGAGAAUGUAAGACUGGGAUCUAAUUUCUUGAGUUACAGGAAUAUUUUUGAUCUUAUCAAUACAAUGAGUGACGUGGUAGUUAAUAAAAUUGUAACAAGUGUGACUUUAACCAACAUUUAUUCGAUUAUACUAGACUCUACCCAGGAUGUGAGUAAAAAAGAAUGUACCACUAUCAUAGUUCGCUACAUUGAACACAUGGAUGAUACACAACAAACUACAAUAUCAAACGUAAAACCAAAAGAGCGCUUGGUCAAGGUUUUUACAAGUGGGGAUACAUCCGGGGAAAUGUUGUUUAGAGAGCUAAAGAAAUGCUUAACAGCCCUAAACCUUGAUCCCAAAGGUAUAGUGGGCCAGAGUAUGGACGGUGCAGGGAACAUGAGAGGGCAGUUCAAAGGUCUCAAAUCACUAGUCACAAAAGAAAACCCUAAAGCUUUUUAUGUAUGGUGCUGCUCUCACAGGUUCGCCCUUGUUGUAGAGCAGUCCCUUGAUAUAUGCUGUCAAAUGAGGAAUUUGUUUUCAUUCUUGGAAGAUUUGUAUGUUUUCAUGUCAGGCCACAGGAGACACCACCUUUUGCUCGAAAAUCUAGAAAAGGGGGAAAAAAGAAGCAAGAGACGCUUAAAAAGAGUACAGACUACUCGUUGGUCGAGUAAAACUGACGCCCUUCAAACCAUUGUGAGUUGUUUUGAAACAAUAAGAGAUACAUUGCAAGAUUUGUCGACUGACAAGAAUUCUGACAACAACGCCAAAGACAAAGCAAUAGGCCUCCUAAAGCAAAUGACAGAUUUUGAAAAUAUAAGCACAAUAUACAUAGCAUCUUCUUUGUUCAAAAUAUUGUCUCCCAUAACAAUUUGUUUUCAGUCACCUACCAUUGAUUACAAUAUAGUCCCAAAAGUUAUUAAAGAAACACAGGAAAAACUGGCGUUCAUGCGCCAAGAUUCGGCGUGGGAAAAGAUUGAAAGUGGC